UGAACGCUUACAUAUCAGUAGGAUUCCUUUAACAGUCGAGUCAUUUCUAUACUGCUUUACACUAUCCGUCAGUUCGAAUCAACAUGACUGCUUCACGAAAAGGGUACCCGUAAGGUGACGUAUGCUGACACAGAUGCACAGCUGGUUGACAUGAUUUACCGACUGACUUGACUGUCCCUUGGUAAGAUGUGGAAAUCAGGCCUGGUUACUCUCCUCGCCCUGGCUGUCUCCUGUGAUUGUUUACAAUAUGUAAGGAGACAAACGUUUAAGUCGGAAGAUGCAGUUUCCGGAAGAACAUCGCUGAAGAUCGACAUCCAAGUUCCGGGCAAGAUACAAUGGAAGUCCGACAGUUCUAACACCCUACAGUUCCGCGUGACAUCACGUGCCACAGAACCGCAAGAAUUGAAUAAAGUACGAGUCUCCCUUGACAGCAGCGCCGAUACUGUUCUGCUCACAGUGAAGUCUGUUCAGAAGCAACCGUCAUUCGCCGCCCACGGGGCCGUGAACGGAGCGGUUGGUCUAUACGUGACGUCACUUCCGCUGAUAGCCACUGCGCUGAUUACCGCGCUGUGGCCGUUCGGUUCCGGUGGGAGAUGCGGUACUGUUGUGGCGUUCUUGUUGAUCUGGCUAGUCCGCGAUCCAGGCGGAUCUCUGGUGGACACAAGGCUACUGGUGGACAAAGAUGCCGCUGUGACCGUUCUUGUUCCUGAGGAGUUUGUGUUCCGGGCGGUCAGCCUGCACGUGGCCGGCGGGGAGAUCGAGGUGGACCCCGCCUUCACCCGAACCCGAACUCCGCUGGAAUGUUCCGCCUCGGCCAACGGGCAGACCGCGCCGUCAGACGCUGGCAAUUCCAGUAAGUCGCUCCCAGAGCUGAGAGCCUCCCAACCUAUUCCCUUAUGUGGAGCGUUCUGUCCGGAACUGUGA